CAAAUGCUUAAUGUUACACAUGGCAAACACAUUUCUAUCUGGGAGCUAGAGAAGCCCAGGAAAACUGCACUGGAAAAAUAUUGCUUAGGUUGAUGCUUAGGGCUCAAAUCAUUCUCUUCUCUUUCCCAUCUCUUUGUCUUCCCAGUAAACGCUGAAUUACUUCUGUAAAAUACACUCCAGAUACGAAAAGUCCACUCUUGCAUGUGGCAGCUAAAGGGAAGUAUUAGUGGGUUCCCAGUGUGGAGAUUCCAUGCAAGUCCUUGCAGCUAGCACAGCGUGUCCCAGCUGAGGAUCUGCCUCAUAAGCGGGGCUCUUAAAGAGUUGCUCAUCUUGAAAGUAUUCUUGGAACAUCAGCUGAUCAAUUUUCACAGAGUCCCUCUGAAAGGAAGGCAGCUGAGGUAUCCUCCGUUUAUUGACUGAAGAAAUCGAAGCUCAGAUUUUGCACAAGGAGCUCAGCAGAGCGUGUUUGGGAGGUUUCUGGAUACUGGGUUAUGCUAAUAUUACAGCACACAUCCAGUCCUAACGCUAAAUGUGCUUAAGAGCACUCUGAAGAAGCGAAAGACAGGGAUGUAGAGAGAGGGAAGAGCCUUUUUCUUUCAUCUUAUGCAGAAAUAUUUAUGUGUGAAAUCACGCUUAAGUCAGAUAAAUCACUGCUGUCUGGUAACAGUGAAUCCAAACCCGUUUCAGUGCUAGUGAGCUAUAAUAUGGAUGUUUUGUUAAUAUUGCCUAGAUACUCGCCUUUCUCCGGGCACAAACGCUUUGAUUCAAAGGUGUUUGGGUGUACCUUUUGCUAUCCAAUUGUAACAUAUUCUUUACAUCAGGUUCUUGUAUGUCUCUCAGUUGUUAGUGUUCUAAAGCUACAGCAGCGCCUUGAAAACAAGUGUGCAUAUUUGUGGAAAGUCAUUUGUCCUUCAGGAAGCUGGGUCCACUUGUGAGUUUUCAUGGCUGCAAUUAACACAAGAUGUUAUUUAAAAUAAAGCAUAUGAAAUUGGGAGUAUUUAGCUGGAGCUUUCAACACAGAUAUUUUAUUCCCCCCUUCCCCCACACCCUGAAGAUAAAGCCUUACUUUAAGCAUUCAUCCUUUGGAUGUGUCUAAUGAUGAUGGAGUUGGAUGAUGAGGUAAUUAAAAAAAAAGUGAAUAGUAAUGCGUAGAGAGGGGUGAUGGGUACAUCAUGAAUAUAGAAAAAGAUCUCAAAUCUGAAUGGAAAUCAGGAGAGCGUAGAGUAAUAGGUGUGUGUGUGUUUACAUCUCAUGGCUCAUUGCAGCAUGUGCUGCUUUCUCUCCUGGCAGAGGUCACGGAGUUGAUGCGGAGCUGUUGGGAAUCGGGAGCUGCCCGGACCACAAUGCCCUACCCUGCCCCUGGCCUUGGGAAGUUGUGAGCUUCUCAUGUCCAUAAGGAGGAAGGAUGGCUCAUGGAAUUCCUUCACAAGGCAAAGUUACCAUAACGGUGGAUGAGUACAGCUCCAACCCAACGCAGGCGUUCACACACUACAACAUCAACCAGAGCCGGUUCCAGCCUCCACACGUGCAUAUGGUCGACCCCAUCCCAUAUGACACUCCAAAGCCAGCGGGCCACACGCGCUUUGUCUGCGUCUCAGACACGCACUCCAGAACAGAUGGCAUCCAGAUGCCUUAUGGGGACAUCCUUCUUCACACGGGCGAUUUCACCGAGCUGGGACUGCCCUCUGAGGUUAAGAAGUUUAAUGACUGGUUAGGAAACCUACCAUAUGAAUAUAAAAUAGUGAUUGCUGGGAAUCAUGAACUGACAUUUGAUAAGGAAUUCAUGGCAGACCUUGUUAAACAAGAUUACUACCGCUUUCCCUCUGUGUCCAAAUUGAAACCAGAGGACUUUGACAAUGUUCAGUCACUCCUGACAAAUAGUAUUUACUUACAAGAUUCAGAGGUAACAGUUAAAGGAUUCCGAAUAUAUGGUGCCCCGUGGACACCAUGGUUUAAUGGAUGGGGCUUUAAUCUACCCAGAGGUCAGUCUUUGCUAGACAAGUGGAACCUUAUUCCUGAGGGAAUUGAUAUACUAAUGACACAUGGACCUCCCCUUGGUUUUCGAGAUUGGGUUCCAAAGGAGCUGCAGAGAGUGGGUUGUGUGGAGCUGCUGAACACAGUGCAGAGGCGAGUAAGGCCCAAACUCCACGUCUUUGGUGGCAUUCAUGAAGGCUAUGGCAUCAUGACCGAUGGCUACACCACCUACAUCAACGCCUCCACGUGUACAGUCAGCUUCCAGCCCACCAACCCUCCCAUCAUCUUCGACCUUCCAACCCCUCAAGGAUCCUGAAGCACUACUGGGGAAGGUCUAUAAACUGCCAUUUUCUAAUUACAAAACUUACAUUCAGUUACACGUUUAUUUCAAAAUAGGGGC